AUGGAAAUGGAAGUCGAUUUGGAUACAACUGGAUGGUUUGAUAUACCUUUUGAAAUGCGAGAAAUGAUUAUAAAUUAUAUGGAUGUUCCAACAAAAAUCCAAUUUUCACAAUGUUCGAAAUUAUGUUUUGAAGAAGUCCAAUUACCUGAUUUGCGUUACACUUCUGUCAAUAUAAAAAAUAGUCCAUUCACUAAACUGGAAGGCGUUUCUUUCGAAGUGUUGAGAGAUCAUAUCUGGACUAGUGAUUCAGAAGACGAAGACGAAAACGAAUCGGAUGUUGAUCAAGAGAUCGAAUGGAUGAGAUUGAAAAGGUUUCUAGUUUGUGAUAAUUCUGCCAUAUCUGAAGAAAAUUUGAUGUAUUUACGCUCAAAAUAUGGCAAUCAAUUGAUUGAAGUUGAAACAAGAGAAAAAGUUACUGAUUAUGUAAUGUAUCUUUUGCGAGGUUUAUUGAAAAUUCUGAAGAAUUGCUUAAGAAGCUUGACGAUCAGUAUUGUGAGUCAUUUUGAAGGGAAUUUAGCCUCAGAGACUUAUUUUCAGCCCGAUUUUCCGUACAACAAGAUGAAAAUUGAAAGAAAUUUGAAAUAUUUGAAGUCAAUUGAUCUCUCUCCAAAUGAUAAAGUUGAUCCGAUUAGUUGUGGAUUUAUCGAUUUCGAACAUCUUUGCUCUAUAAAAAAAGUAGUUGAAAUUCCAAAUCUAACAUUCGAUCAAAUAUUUCAACUAAAAGCAGAAAUUAUUUCUGUUGGUUAUGAUGGAAGUGAAAAAUUUGAUAUCGAACGAGUUGUGAAUCGUUUGUUUACUGAUGGAAUUGAUAAAAAUGUUCGUCAAAUCACGUUUGAAGCAAAACAGGAUUUGAAUUCCUUUCCGGAAAUUUGUGCGAUUCCGGGAAUUUAUGCAACACGAUCCACGUGAGUUAUUCUUAUCCUAAUAUCAUAUUCAAGUUGUAUAAAAAACUUUGCAGACCGUGGAGUGAUGUCGAAUAUUUGUUCAAACGAAACCAUAAAAUGUUUAGCCUGGCUGAUGCGAGACAAAAUUCCUCAGUUAGUAUAUACUUCCAUACUUCUGACUUCGAACAUAUCAAAUGGAUUCGUUUGUAA